CGUCAAGCUUGAUGGCAUCUGGCAAUUUUGUGUACGGCGGCCAUUUCUUAAAGUUUUUUGUUGUUGCUCGUAAAAAAUUGAAUUUUUCGUAAAUUUGGUGAAAAAUCAGCGAGUUACACGACUGAAAAUCAAAGAACCAAUGUAAAAUGCAAGCAAUCGGACGUCAAACGGUGGAAAAUAGUGAUUUAAUCUGAAGAUUGUCGGAUUCCUGAGAGUUUUCGGUCGGGAAAAUGGGAGACAAGGAUAUUCCCAGUGUUCCCAUUACAACACUGGCCGGAUUGACCGAUUUAUCUGACUUACUCAGUGAAUUACCAAUAACUGAUCCGGCUCUUGUCACAUCGCUCCUGGACAAAUCUCUUCUGUUCCAUCCGCGCGUGGCCGAGGAAGCGAGAAAUCUCCUGGCCAUGCAGGAUGCCAAUAGGGUCCAGCAGCUCGUGCGAGCCCUUGAGCAAACCAAUGCGGAUCACAUAGAAAUUCUGGAUGAAUACAAUGUUCAGGAAUCGAGUUCGGGACAGAAUAAUGUUCCAGAACUCCUUCAGGCCAUCUACAAAUACAGGCCAAAUGUCUUUCAAGAGGGAAGAUCAUCCUAUGUUCAACAACAAUCCCAACAACACCUCCAACAGCAACAAGUGCAUCUAGGAGGACGUGGUGUACAGCAGCAAAUUGUGCCGCAACAGCAAAUGCAUCACCAUCAGCUACAGUUACAGACAAACAUGCCACAAAAUCACAUGAGUCAAGCACAGUCACAGCAACAGAUAAUACAGCAUCCAUACAAUUAUGUGCAUCAGCAGCAGCAACAUUUCACACCACAAUCCCAAGUCACUGCCAUUAAUUCACCAUUCAAUUCCCAACAAUCGGUACAAUUGACAGGAUCAGCUGCUGGUUCCAGUUCUGUGCUCAAUUGGGCUACACAGUCGGCACCUACUCAACCCUUUGUACCGGCAGUCCAAGCAGAAUCCCAGCAGCAGCAACAACAACAGCAGCAGCAACAACAGCAGCACCAGGGGAUGUUUCUGGAGCAACAGCAAACACAGGCAGCCCCAGUUUAUCAACAGCCAAAUAUUAUACAGAGCACCAUGAACUACGAUGCGUCUGUGCUGCAGCAGGCUCAGCAUGUGACGCAAACCACGCACGCAAUGCAAUCAACGCAUUCGGUGCAGCAUGUGCAGCAGUCUCAUGCAUCACCACAAACGCAACCGGUGCAGUUGGUGAUGACACCACAGCAAUCGCCUUACGAUGGCCAAUAUGCUGGCACUCAGCACAGUCAGCAUCAACAACCAGCACAACAUACGUCAGUUGUUGUAACGCAACCACAGCGGCAAACCAAUGUGGCUCUGAAAACACAAAUACAUCAACAGAGUCAGGGACUGCAAUCUCAGACUUUUCCCACGUACAAUGCCAUUGUGGAGAAUACAUCUGCAAUUUUCCAGCAACCACAGCAACCGGUAAUUCAACAGCAAACGGUUCAAGUAAUUCAACAGCCGCAGUCUCAACCACAACAGCAAGCGCAACAGCAGCCACAGCAGCAGCAACAACAGCAACCUCAACAGCAACAGGUUCAACAGCAGCAACCUCAAGCUCAGGUACAGCAACAGAGUGAAACUGGUGGGGUCAUCAGACAACUCAAUCCGGAGCCUCUUACGCAAAAAUUGGCGCCCAGAAAUAAUGAGUACCUAGCCCAGCAGCAACAGAAUAAGAACUUUGAUGCAAGGGGUCAAUCUCCGGCACAAGCUGUUGAUGCAUUGACUGUGGCCGAAUCAUCCAGUGUCAAUACGGAUUUACGCUAUCCGAUUGUUAAGAAUAGCACAAAUCACCAGUCACAAGAGAAAUCUCCCGAUCAGCUAACGAGCAAUUGUCUGACGCCGAGUGAGAAGGCAGAGGACAAUACCAGGCUGAAUUGUACGGACAAUGACAAGGUUGAGAAUGUUGAGGAGGAGCUGGAUGAUGAGACAGCAAAAGCACUCGGAGGACGAUUGGCCAAAGUGUGUCUCAAUCGAUUGACAAAGGAGGAUCUGGAAAAGACAUUAGGUGGUAGUACCGAUGACGACUCUCUAUUUACCAGGAUGAAGGCAACAGAACGCAAACGAAAAGUUCCGCAAAACAGCGAAAAACCCGAUGAAGAAUUGAUUACAAAGCCAAAAUUGAGGCGAAUUGAAAGGGUUCUGAUGCCUGUCCUAAAGAAGUUGGAUGACCAUGAACUUCUAAACUCGAAUACAUACAAUCACUUCAACACCACAAUGGAGAAAAUUUUCGAUCAACUUGAUGAGACUGAAGCGAAUUUAAGUUUUGAUGACUGUGAUGAUAACUUCGAAUGCAUUUCGACGUCGCUAUUGAACAGUAUCAGUGCAGAAGCGGCAAAAUUGAAAGCCAAGGGCUCAUUUGAGAUGGUGCCCCAGAAUAAAUUGUCCCUCUUGAUUUCGUAUGCAAUGAGGAGUGUUGCUGUGGCUAAAAAUAUGACAGCCGGACCAGAUAUGCAGGAAGAAAUUGUCUCGAGGACCUACACUGAAAAAAUUAUCAAUGCAUUGGAAGCAUCACUGCUCGUUUGUAACAUCUACAGUUGUCUGAAUGUGAAGUUCUUGCAGGAGGAUAACCUCGAUUUUAUCAUAAAAUUUGUGCAAUUCCAACUCCGUGAAACCAUCUUCCCAUCAUACGAUCCUGUCUACUCCGUCGAGACGAAGAAGAAGGGCGAUAGCAAGAAGAAAAAAACGGGUUAUGGACAAGUUAGGGGAGUUGGGGCGAUCUAUUCCAAGAUUGUCGAUCUCACAAAGGUGCUGGUGACAAUUUUCUCAAGGUUCCAGUUCGAAGAUACCAUUGUCAUCCAUGCAUCGGCUAUUGGGGUGGAACCUUUCUUUGUGGACAACAUUGAUACUCUUCAAUUUGUCUGUCUGGAUCUCGUGACAACGAUCUUCAAGAAUGAAAAAUACUCCAAACAUCGAAACAAUAUUCUGGCGGACAUUCUGACGUCGUUGGAUCGUCUGCACGGAUCAAAAAAGAUGCUGCGACCGUACAAAUUGGUGAACAAUGGCGGCAACAUUCAAAUGGUUACUGCGCUGGUGCUUCAGUUGAUUCAGUGUUCAGUUGUGUUACCAGAUAGUAUGUGUGAGGGUGUGAAUCACAAGAAGCGCUUCAACAGUGACCAAAAACCACGCACAGACAAGGAUCUCUUUAUAUCGGAGAAAUACGAGACGGCCAAAUGCAUUGGGGGCAAUUUUCUGCAGACUUUUCUGAGCAAGUGCAAACCUCGUUCCGGUGAAACAGACUUCCGUCCACUCUUUGAGAAUUUCAUUCAGGAUCUGCUGACGACGGUGAACAAACCGGAAUGGCCAGCAGCUGAAUUGCUGCUGAGUUUGUUGGGUAUGUUGCUGUAUCGGAAUAUGUCAGACAAAUCCGUGGAACAGUCCAUUAGGUUGGUGUCUCUGGAGUAUUUGGGUCUGGUCACGGCUAGACUGAGAAAAGAUACAGUUGAGAGUCGAUGCAAAGUUAGCACGAUGGAUCAAUUGAUUAAGUACAUCAAGAUUGAGCAGGAGAAGGAGGGUGAUCUGGCAAAUGUGGAUUCAAUUGCCCAACUAGAUCCCGAUGAAGAGAGAGUGGAAUUUCUCCAAAAGAUUCUACUUGACUUUUUGGCUGUGAAUGCACAUGAUGAUAAUAUUUGGGAUCAUGCGAGGCACUUCUACCUCACGCAAUGGUACAGAGAUAUUAUGAAUCGAAAGAAGGAGAUAGCGGAGGGAAAGAAGGGCUAUGCCACGCGAAAGACGCCCAAAAAGAAGCGAAGAAACCACUCAGAAUCCUCAGAGAGCGACGAAGACAGUGAUGUGGAAAUAAUUGAAGAGAAGAAAAAGACAUCAGUGGAUCAGGAAUUGAAUCUCGAAAUUUUUCGUAUUUUGGAUCAGAGAAAAAAUUAUCUCAUCAACAAUAUCAAAUCAUACUCAUUGAACAAUUUGGCGGUGCAAGAUAUCAAGACGUACAUUGAUUACAACAAUGCUCAGUUAAUUGCACAAUAUUUGAGCAGUCGCAGGUCAUUUUCUCAGAGUUUUGAUCUGUAUUUGAGGCAAAUAAUCAAAGUUGUGUGGGAACAAUCAAUUGCCAUUCGCACAAAAGCGAUCAAAUGUUUGGGGAACAUUGUUGAGGUGGACCCAUCGAUAUUGAGGAGGAAGGAUAUGCAAAUUGGGGUACAUCAAAAGUGUCUCGACCAAUCCAUCGCUGUACGAGAGGCUGCUGUAGAUUUAAUAGGAAAAUAUGUGUUGACUAGUCCUGAGUUGAUCAAUCAGUAUUAUGAAGUGCUAUCAUAUCGGAUAUUGGACACUGGAGUGUCAGUACGCAAGCGUGUAAUAAAAAUUCUCCGUGAUAUCUGUCUCGAGUACCCGGAUUUCGAGAAAAUCCCUGAGAUUUGCGUGAAAAUGAUUAGACGGGUGAAUGAUGAGGAGGGCAUCCAGAAGCUGGUGACUGAAGUGUUUCUGAACAUGUGGUUCUCCCCAGUUAUUUCCGGUGAUAAAAAUGCAAUUGAACGUAAAAUCACACAAAUCACCGACGUUGUGAGCUUCUCCUCGGAAAAUACCCAAUGGCUCGAUGGACUUCUAAGAAGCAUUUUUAAGCCAAAGGAGAACAAGGAGGAUACAACUAAGACACCAAAAGAACCACCAAAGCAAAUUGUCACAGCAUGUGAACAAAUAGCCGAUGGGUUGGUGGAUGCAAUAAUGAAGUUGGAGGGAACAGAUAGUCGAAAGUUGCUGGGUUGUAUCAUAAUGCUGCAUUUAUUUGCCAAAAUUCGACCACAGCUUCUCGUGAAGCACGCCAUAACACUCGAACCGUACUUGAAUAUCAAGUGCAAUUCCAACUACAUGAUUAAAUUUAUGAGUUGUGUGGCGGAAAUUUUGGAAUAUGUCGUACCACUCAUGGAGCAUCCCAGUGAUUCCUUCUUGGCAGAUCUAGAGGCACAUUUGACCAUGUUGAUUGUGACGCAGAAUAAGACAGUGGUUACCAGUUGCGUAUCGUGUUUGGGGGCCAUUGUGAAUAAGCUGACAAAGAAUUAUACCCUCAUUCGAGAUUGCUUCAAGAGGUUUUUCUACCCAAGUCUGCUGGCGUACAGGGAGAAAGUUCAGCAGAAUCCAAAUUUCUCCCUUGAAAUAGCAUUCAAAUCAUCCACCUUCCGUCGAAGUAUUUUUACUGUAGGUCUCCUCAUGCGAUACUUUGACUUCAAUGUGCCUGAAGUUUAUGGCGAGAGCAGUCGAAAUGCUCUUCCAGCUAAGAUUUGCGAUGAAGUAUUUGAUACAUUUAUGUUCUAUGUUGUGUGCAACAAUUUGGACAUAAGGAAGGAGAUACUGAAUGCCCUUGGGUGUUUCUGUGUCAAAAAUUAUGAAUAUCUCACGAUGCCACAACUCAAAGAAUUCUAUAAGGAUCUCUUGACAUCGGAAACUAUUCAGACGGACAUUAAGGUGAAUGUUGUGAGGAAUAUUCUGCUGUAUCUCAAUGAAGAGGAUCAGAGGAUGGAUCAGAGUGAGAAAGAAUGGGAGACUCAGGCCAAAAAGGAGGAUCUCAAGGAGAUGGGUGAUCAAAAGGCUGGAAUGGCAUCGAGAGUUAUUCAGUUGUACCUGAAGGAGAUUAUGAAGUGUUUCCUGAAUCGUGACAUUAAUUUGCGCAUUUGGUCGAUGAAAGUUGUCGAUGCUGUUCUCACCCAAGGACUUGUGCAUCCUAUUCAAAUUGUACCUUAUCUCAUAUGCUUAAGCACAGAUCCUGAGGGUUCAGUAUCAAAUUCAGCCGAUCGACAUUUGCAGGAGAUUGAGAAGCAGUAUCCUGGCUUUAUUAACAUGAAAUCUCAUGCAGGUAUUCAGCUGUCUUUCGAAUUGCAAAUGUUGCUGCAAUUGAAUGAGAAGACCAGCAUUGUCCGCGGAUUUAGAGAGAAAUCAAAAGAUGAACCACCAUCGGCACUAACGGGCUUCCUGUAUACACUGCUGAGGAAUGCCAAACCACAGAGGAGGGCACUGAUUCAGUCAAUAAUUAAGCAAUUUGAUGAUCAGAGGGUAAAUCUGCGUCAAAUGCUGUACCUUAGUGACAAUUUGGCAUAUUAUCCAUAUGCCGUUCAGGAUGAACCACUCUACAUCAUUCACCAAAUUGACGUUGUGGUUACUGUGACUGGAACUAAUUUGCUGAGUAAUUUUCGGGAGGGACUGAAGCAAAUACAGCCGGAAAAUCCAGAAGAGCAACAACCAAAUCUUUUGGAUGACGAUGAUGAUGACGACAAAGAAGCUAUUCUGAAUCGACUUCCUGAAGAUUUGGGUGAUCUCCAAAGUUGUAUAACGGCUGCUCAGGGUUGUAUGCUCCUGCUGUUGUUGAAGCAACAUCUUAAGGAUUGCUAUGGGAUCACUGAUAGUAAAAUCUCGCGGUAUUCACCGUCAGAACCUGCCAAAAUCUAUGAGAAAGCAAUGCAAAAGCGUGCAAUCUUAGAAUUUAAUCCAAAGUCAACGAUUGACAUUAUCAAAGAGGAGGAAUCCAUUGAUGGAGUAUUGGAUGAUACGGUGAAGAAGAAGCUGGUUGAUAGAUAUUUGGAUUUCAAGCAGCUGAUGCUGAAGUUGGAUCCUGAGGAUUCUGAUGAUGAUGAUGACACAAAACCACCAAUGAGAACGGUUGUUGAUUUUGAACAACAAAUUGACACCUUCAAUACAACUCCCCAUGUCAAUAACGUGAUGAAUAACUCAAUUCAGCCAAACACAGUGAACAACGUCGUUAAUUCGACAAAUCAGUCAUCCUAUACGCAACCAGGUGUUGAUCCUCUUUCAACAUCGCAUCAACCACACAACCAAGUGACAACAAAGACCCCAAUAAAGGCAACACCCGUGAAAAAACCACCCGCCAGGAAGGCAUCAGCAAAGAAAAAGAAGAAAAUGGUAUCUUCCAGUGAUGAAGAUGAUUACGAUAAUAGUGAUAGUGACUAUCUGUAGAGAGCACAAGGACUUUUCGUUGCUAAAAAAGAAAGAAAAGAACAAAACAAAGACAGUGUAUAAAAGAAAUAUUACCCGUGAAAUGAAUGAUAGAAAGAAACAGAGUGAGAUUGAAGGCAACUGGACUCCAAAACAACAAAGAAAAAAAAAACAGAUAAAACUGAGCGUGAGUAUUCCAUUUGUGUGUAAUAUAGUAAAAAUUAAAAAAAAAAAUAAUGAGAUAUAUAGGAAUUUAGUCUAUCAGUUUAUUUUUACAUUUUUAAUUUGUUAAAAAAAUAACAGAUUUGUAAAAAAAACAAUGAAUCACUGGAAGGUCACUCAACCAAUUAUUCAUUAAUUAAAGAAAAAGAAAGAAUUGAAUUAAAUAUAAUAGAGAAAAAGAAAUAAUUAGAUCUUAAGAGAUUUUAUACAUAUAUUAUUACUAUUAUUAUUAUAAAAAAGAAAUGAAAUCCUCUCAUUAAUAAUGAAAUUAAACUAUAAGAAAUGUAUAAAGAAAUUUCGCCCACAAGAUAAUUUAAAAUUUUUCUUAUUAGUAAAUAAAUGAAAUAUUAAUCUUAUUAUUCUAAAUAAUAAUUAUAUAUAUAUAUAUAGCUUAGUGGUAAAAUUUGUAAGUAAUGGGCAUACGGAACUUAAUUUAUUUCAAAAUGAAAACUUUUUUUUUAAUAUAAAUAUUUCACUAUCUUCGUGAAAACAUUUGUAGAGAGAGAGAAAGAAAAAUCAGAGAGAAGAUUUUAUUAUAAAUAUAUGUGGAAGUCGUAGAAAUUUAAACUAAUUAUUUAGUUAUUUUAGUGUUUUU